CUUCCCCCUUCCCCCCGGUUGCCAGCUCAAUCAGUGCCAGGGAGCGGAACAUGCGCUAGACGAGCACUCAUGGGUGGGUUUCACAGUCACAACGAUAGCUUCCAAACGUUGCGCCGCAUAGCGAAGUAGUAGUGAAAUAAUCAGUCGUCUGUCGCACAGUCCAAAUUCUCGUCUGCCUAUAAAACAUUGCGCCAGUAGCGUGACCGGUCGCGCAAGAGUCAGUUGGUUGCCGCUCUUUUAAGUUCUUUCCUUUUUUUUGGUCGUUAACAUUUGAUCAUGGAACUGUACAGUGAUGUCAUCUCACCGCCGUGCCAGAAUGUGCUGCUGGUGGCAAAAAAGUUGGGCAUCACGCUUAACGUUAAGAAGUCGGACAUCCACGAUCCGGCUGAUAUAGCGGCACUCACGAAGCUGAAUCCUCAACACACGAUCCCGACUCUGGUGGAUGAUGGGCAUGUGAUCUGGGAGUCGUACGCAAUUGCCCUGUAUCUGGUGGAAAAGUAUGACCAAGACGGCGUCCUCUACCCGAAGGAUCCUAAAGUACGGUCCGUCGUAAACCAACGCCUCUUUUUCGACAUCGGAACGCUCUACAAAAAUGUGCUUGCCGGUAUCGACGAGAUGAUCGCGGACAAACGCCUGUCCGAGGAACUGGAGCGCAAACUCCAGCAAGCGCUCGAUCUGACGGAAAAGUUCGUUACCGAACGACCGUUCAUUGCUGCCGAUCAUCUGACGCUGGCCGAUAUCUUUGUGCUUGGAAGCAUCACGACGCUCGAGUGGAUCCGGUACGAUCUGGAGCGUUAUCCUGGCAUUAGGAGCUGGGUUAAGAAAGUGACGGCCGAGUUCCCGGACUAUGACGAGUUUCACAAGGAGAUAAGGAAGGAAAGCAAGAAGUACAUAGCUACCCACUGUCCAGAUUUGGAAUAUUGAAUGUAGCAUUCGAAUGCGUUAUCAAACGAUAUUGGUUGAUAAUAAAGUGUCCUAAGAAAAACAUA